AUGAACUUUCUUCCAAUGGAUUCAUAUGGUCAACAACCAUGCAAGUUCAAUGCUUCCGCCUUCCAGGUGUCGUCGCCUAUGCCACAAGAUUCAGGAUAUGCUAGCGAACCGAACGAUCCUUUCGAGAGAGCCUUCCAAUCACAAUUCUCGCCUCCGUUGCAAUCUUAUGCGCAAUUCGGCUACCCGAGUCCCGAAGAUAUAUACACACCUGCGCACACAUAUACAGCGUCGCAAAAGCAGCCUUUGAGACCUCGGCUACGUCAUCAACAGUCUAUGCCUGUCUUGCCUUACACGAAUCAUAGCUUGAACUCUUGCGAGACUCUUGAUGAACGCACAAGCAGACUUUCAAUAGAUGCUGGCAUCAACAGUAUGACUGGCUACUGCGACAUUGAUUCCCUGCUGGCUGCUGCAUACAACAACACUUGCACAACGCAAACUAAGCGUUUUCAAACCUUUGCAUCCCAACACACGUCACCCAUCCGCGCCCCACAACCAACGGUGCCUCUUCCUCUGACACCUCCUCCACUUAUUCGAGAGCCUGCGUACCCUGAACUCGACAACACUACUGCUUUUGUCAACGAAGCCCCUGGCUCUCCGAACAAAGCCACCAGGGGGCGGCGUCGGGGUCGCUCAACCCACACAGAAGUAGAGCAACGCUAUCGCCACAACCUUGCUUCCCACUUUCGAAAACUGGCUAGUGCAGUCCCACAUAUUGAGACUUUUCAGCCGGCGCGAGCAGGUCAAAUUCCUAAGCCUAGCAAAGCAGAAAUCCUGCUUGCCGCCAGUGGGUACAUCCAGCAACUUGAGAAGGAGAUUGAGCAAUUGAGGCUUGUGGUUGGGAGUGAUUUAAGUCCGAGGAGAAAGUCACCCAUCGAUGGCUGGUUGUCAUGA